GCUUUGCAGACGCCGCCGCCCCGAAGCCGCCUGUGACCAGCCAUGGGGAGCCCCACCGUGUACUUCAACCUUGCCGUCGACGGCGAGCCCUCGGGCCGUGUCUCCUUCAAGCUGUUUGCAGACAAAGUUCCAAAGACGGCAGAAAACUUCCGUGCCCUGAGCACUGGGGAGAAGGGAUUUGGUUAUAAAGGUUCCUGCUUUCACAGAAUUAUUCCAGGAUUUUUGUGCCAGGGUGGUCACUUCACACGCCAUAUUGGCACAGGCGGCAUGUCCAUCUAUUGGCAGGAAUUUGAGGAUGAGAACUUCGUCCUGAAACAUACAGGUCCUGGCAUCUUGUCCAUGGCAAAUGCUGGACCGAACACAAACAGUUCCCAGUUUCUCAUCUGUGCUGUCAAGACGGAGUGGUUGGGGGGCAGGCAUGUGGCCUUCGGUCAGGUGAAAGACGGCAUGGAUAUUGUGACAGCCAUGGAGCGCUUUGGGUCCAGGAAUGGCAAGACCAGCAAGAAGAUCACCAUUGCUGACUGUGGACAACGCUAAUAGAUUUGACUUGUGUUCUAUCUUAACCACCAGACGAUUCCUUCUGUAGUUCAGGAGAGCACCCCUUCACCCCGAU